UUGCUGAUUUUCUUACCAAAAAAAAAAAGUAAAAAAAAAAAAAAGCGAAUCAAGCAACGAAUGAGUGUCACCCACUGCUGUCCGUCAUUACCAGAGGUGAUCACGGCAUCAAUUGGAGCUCCUAAGUGAUCCCUAACCUUCUUCAGCUUCUAUUAAACUCUUCCUAACUUUCAUUUUAGCCAUUGAGUUUAGAGGUGAAGACUAAUCAAAGAAUUGGGAGAAACAAAACUUGCAACUUCAACUUUGAUAAAUUUUCAGCGUAUGGAGGCUGCCAUUGAGUUCACUUGAGCCUCUUCUUUUUCGUCAUCAUCACUAUCUAAUCGUUUUAUUGUUAAGCCAAGGUCACAUACAAGCAGUAAUCAGGUACCUUGUCUUUGUUAUAUAAAAGAUAAAAGCUCAAGCAACAAACUUCCUGGCCAAAGACCAGAUAUGGAGGAUAGAACUCUGCAUCCUGAUACUUCUAGCCAUAAUGUACGAGUACUUGAAAUUUCAAGAUCAAAGAGAGAUGCUCCUCCUGCUCACUAUACGUUAAAGGUUGAGUCAUUCUCCCAGUUGUGCAGGAUACUUAGAGACAAUGACCUUGAGAAAUAUGAAUCUGAUGAUUUUGAAGCUGGGGGCUACAAAUGGAAAAUGGUGCUUUAUCCUCAUGGAAAUUGGAAUAGAGGUGCGAAUGGUCACAUUUCUCUCUAUUUAGCCAUUGCAGAGGCAAAAGCUAUUCCUCCUGGAUCACAAGUUGAUGUGACCCUCAAAUUCUUUGUUUAUGAUCACAUUCGAGACAAGUACUUAACGAUCCAAGAUGAUGAAAUGAGGCGUUACCAUUAUUUGAAGACUGAAAAUGGUUUUGACCAACUAAUCUCACUCAAGAUGUUCAAUGAUCCUUCUAAUGGAUAUCUUGUUGAUGACCACUGCGUGUUCGGAACAGAGGUUCAUGUUAAUAAGUAUGAAGGUAAAGGAGAGAAAUUUUCCAUUAUAGAAGAACCUGAUAAUGGUGCUUUUACAUGGAAGAUUGAGAGAUUCUCAAAAUUACAAAAAGGUCGCAAUUUUUCAAAGGAAUUUUCUGUUGCAAAACAUAAGUGGCGGUUGAUGUUAUAUCCCAAAGGAGAUUCAAUGGCAGGAGGAAAUAGUCUGUCACUCUUUUUACAAUUGCUUAACAACAGUGCUCAUCCUCAACUAAGAGUGUAUGCAGAAUAUAAGCUGACAGUAAAAGAUCAGGUCCAGGAAAGCCAUCAUAAGAUUACAGGAAGUGAUUGGUUCAUCAGCAAAUCAAGCGUUGAUUGCUGCUGGGGACGUUCUGACUUCAUGCCGCUUAAUGAUAUCUAUGAUGCAUCAAAGGGAUUUCUAGUGGAUGAUACAUUGAUUGUUGAAGCACAAAUUUCCCUCCUGGCAGAUGUUGAACCUCUCUCCUGAAAAAUGAAUUCUUUAAAUAUGAAUAGUAAUGUAGAACUGUGUGCAUGGAGACUGGUGCUUUCGUGCUAUUAUUUUGUUAUAAGCUAGUGGCCCUAACUAAGAUGAUAAUGGUGAUGUUCAGCUUGAGGAAUUUAGCUAACCUAUUAUGUUACAGGCAUAAAGUUUAUUAAUGUUAUAUAUGAAUAUUAAUUUAUAAAA